UGGACGGGACUAAUCAAAUUUCUGUUUAUUUACCAACGAGCCCCACCCUGUCCUGCACUGCAGUAGUACAAUGGCAUCUGCAGCCUUUUUUCUUUUAUUUCUGGCUCUUCUCUUCCCUGCAAUAAGUGCAGGGAUACCUUUCAGCUCUCAAUUAGAAUCCUCAGAGACAGAUGAGGUGAUUUUAGAAAGAUACAGACGGGAGGAAGUCUUUGAAUCUUCAGCUUCAGGCGAAACAGAGCCUCCAGAACCACCAGACGAGAAUUUAAACUGCACCAGGUCCGUCUCAGUCCUUCCUUUCUCUCUAAUAGCUCCUUCAUUGGACUCUAUUGUCAGAUCAUGCACCAAUUCAACCUCACAAAACUCAGGGAGCUACAAUUUCACCAUCACUUCUACAUCUUUGUCUCCUUUUGCAAGUUUUUCUGGUGAAUCUUCUACAAUAUUUGCAGAUCAUUUUAAAAUUGGAGAAGACUACAACCUAAGUAUUGUCUCCAAUUGUUCCUCAGUCUCCUCCAGUUGCUCGUAUUCUAAAGUCUUCAUUUCUCUUUCUCUCUCUAUCCUCAAUCAUACUGCAAGGCUCUUGCCUUUCGGGCGGAGUCCGCUACUGGACGAAGAACUCACCGAUGUUGACGACGAAGCUGGGACUGUGGUUGCCGGGGGCAACAAGCCCAUACCGGUCUUUGAUGGACGAUACAAGAAAAUAUAUAUCUCUUCCAAUGGUUUAGUCUCUUUCACUCGUCCGUACAUCAACUGGCAACCAAUCCCAUUCCCAUACUCUCAGACUCUCAUUCCCGUUCUCGCCCCGCUAUGGAUCGAUUUUGAUAUACAAUCGUUGGAGAGCUCUGCCUUGUUUUAUAAUACUUAUACAUCAACUGGGGGACAAAGGGACCGGAACAUGUUGAAAGUUGCUUCUGAGAGGGUCCGGGAACUAUCAGGGGUGGAAUUUCAAGGGAGUUGGGUCCUGAUAGCAACCUGGUCCAAUGUAAUACCAUAUAUUAGCAAUAACACUCAGGUUAUAAUGGAUAAUAAAUAA